AUGAAGCAUGAUGGUCCGCUCUUUCAAAAAUUAAAAGACUCCUUCUCCUCUCAUGAAUUUUCAAGAAUAGCUCUAUUGAAAGAAAUUGUUAAGGUGACUGAUUGGUAUUUUGAGAAUGUAAUUUUUGAUUUGGAUGAUUUGGAUGGAUAUGCUCGGAAGGAUGAUCUGAAAUUUGUGGAUGAAGAUACGAAACAUUUCCGAGAACGAUUGUUGGAAAUUUUGAAUCAAUUAUUGAUCAAACAGAAAAUAAGUGAAAAUGAUACAAAUAGAUCCCAAGAAGAAUGGAAAGAAAUAUUGAAGCAAGCAGUAUUACAUCAAAAUUUUGAAGGCAUUGAAGAGUUCUCCAAUGAAUUUUAUUUGAUUUUAAAUUUGGCAAAUGAAAGGCAGAAUCUCAUUCGACACUUUAUUUCGACUCUUUUGAGAAAUUCUAACAAUGACGAUCAUCACCUUGGAUUUAAUGAAAUGGAGAGAGUACUGAUUUUAAGAGCGUGCAAUAUUUCAGCUUUAUAUCAUUCUUUCUAUGUCGAGUUUACAAAAGCGGUGCGGCUUAGCAGAGCUGCGAAAGAAAUUGAAAAAAGAGGGGAAGAGCAGAUCGAUUCUGCUUUGAAAAAUAGUUAUACAAUUAUUGCAUGGAAUGAGGAAACAAAUGAGCUCUAUGAUGUACCUUAUGCAAAAUACUUUAGAGAAGAAUUGUCACCCAUUGUCAUGGAAUUUUCUGAAUUGAUCAAAGAUUUACAAGAUUUAAAAAAUGCUGAAAGUUCAUUUAGUUACUUGGACGAAUAUAUUAAAUACAUCACUAAAUAUAGAGAUAAUUUGUUGGAGAAAGACAAGACAAAAUUGGAGGACGCAUAUAGAGAGCUGGAUGAGCUGUGGAUGGAUAUUAGACAUUCUAUUCAAUAUGUCCACGAUAUUGAGUAUGGUUAUUGUGACGUGCUGAGAUGUAAAGUAAUUCCAGACUUUAGUUGCAGAUUUUUAGAUGAAGAAUAUGUUGAAGUCAAUAAUUUCAUUCGCCAAAAAGUACAACAUAGACUUUUAGAAUAUUACAAGUCACGUGAUACUGAAAUUUCCCGAAAAGGGGUCCAUGCUGUAGAACAAUCAAUGUGUGGAAUUUAUUAUUUUCCAUUUAUAUGUGGAGGAAGUUUAAAUUUUAGAUUUUCUGGACAGUCAAUCCCCAACAGAACCCAAGUGUCACAAGCAAAAGGUUGCAAAAUAUUCUUUGACCCGACUUCAACAGAAACGUAUAACAUACAAACCAAAGCUCUCCUUACCAAAUUAUUUCUCAAACAUGAAGAGGUUGCCAAAUACGUAUUUCCUGCACACUCUAUCAAAUUCUUCAUUGCUGCUCAUGAACUUGGACAUGCUGUGUACAAUUUGGAUUGUGUUCGCACUUGCAUUUCAACAAGCACAAAAACAAUACUUGAAGAGCCAAGAGCACAACUAACGGCAACAUUUGUUAUCAAACUUCUCUAUGAUCAUGGAGACAUUUCCCAACAAGAAAUGGAGAGCGCAUUAAUUGCAUUUGUGGCCGAAGAUUUGAGCAAUCUGGUCAUGCAUGAUAAGGCAGCAUAUGAACCUUAUGUCAUCUCUGCAAAUUACUGCUAUGGGCUUUAUGAAAAGCUGGGUUUUAUGCAAAUUGUAAACGAUAGAAUUAUGAUAGAUAACUCAAAGGCAUAUCAGGUUCUGUGUGUGAUGACUGAACUUUUCAUGAAAAUCUUGCAAGCGGAGGACUAUCAUCAGGGAGGAGAGCUAGAAAAUAUUUUGCAGCAUAUGAAAGAGACAUCAGUGAUUACAACUUGGAUUUUGAAAAAGUGUAAAUAA